AAAAAUUCUUUAUCGCCUAAAAAUGACAUUUCGAGUGCCAUUCAUUUGAUGGAAAACGAAGAAUACGCAGUUUUGUCAUUAAUUGUUAAUAAGUUUACGUUUUGUUUUAUAUAAACAAAAAAAAAAAACUAAAGAAUAUUGUUUCUGAAAAGUAAAUAAAUGACUCUCGCGGCAUAAGAGCAAGUGCAAAAAGUAAAGAAAUACGAUUUAAAAGCAAGAUUAACAACGCGUUCGUAUUGCUGGUAUUUGACUUUGCGGCAGAAAAUUUAAGAAAGAGGGAGAGGAGUAAAAUAAGAGGAAUCAUACAAUUGAUUGCCCACCAGCGUAGCAAUAGCUGUGCAAUAGGUUCUACGCCUUAAACAAAGAUAACGUUAUGAAUGCAUUAAACGCUACCAAUAACGCUACGGGUAAUAAUGGCCAUAGUAGCAGUAGCACCGGUAUACGCCCAAAUUCAGGUAAUGACGAAGCCGGCGGUGGAGGUGGUGGGAGUAGCUUGCUUGGAGCUGAAGCGGAUGCGAGCUCGAGGCGGCAGGCUACGCGUGUAUUUAAGAAGAGUUCAUCUAAUGGUAAAAUAACUGUAUAUCUAGGGAAACGGGAUUUUGUUGAUCAUAUAAGCCACGUAGAUCCUAUCGACGGUGUUGUGUUUAUUGAUCCAGAAUAUGUAAAAGAUCGGAAAGUGUUUGGUCAAGUCUUGGCUGCAUUUCGUUACGGUCGCGAAGAUCUGGAUGUUUUAGGUUUGACAUUUCGCAAGGAUUUAUAUUUGGCCAACGAACAAAUUUAUCCGCCAUCGCAUACAAAUGAAAGGACACUAACACGCCUACAAGAGCGUCUUAUUAAAAAGUUAGGGGCGAAUGCAUAUCCAUUUUAUUUUGAAGUUCCUCCCUAUUGUCCGGCAUCCGUAUCAUUGCAGCCAGCACCCGGUGAUACCGGAAAAUCUUGCGGUGUUGACUAUGAAUUAAAAGCAUUUGUAGGUGAACAUAUCGAUGAUAAACCGCAUAAACGUAAUUCGGUACGUUUAACGAUACGGAAAGUGAUGUAUGCGCCGUCUAAGGUAGGUGAACAACCAUCGAUUGAAGUAAGCAAAGAGUUUAUGAUGAAACCGAAUAAAAUUCAUUUGGAAGCGAGUCUUGAUAAGGAACUGUAUCAUCAUGGCGAAAAGAUUUCAAUUAAUGUUCAUAUUGCGAACAAUUCGAAUCGCACCGUGAAAAAGAUUAAAGUCUGCGUAAGACAAUUUGCUGAUAUAUGUUUAUUUUCGACGGCUCAAUAUAAAUCGGUAGUGGCCGAAACUGAAUCCGAAGAUGGUUGCCAAGUAUUGCCGGGUUUUACAUUAUCAAAAGUCUUCGAAUUGUGUCCCCUAUUGGCCAAUAAUAAAGAUAAAUGGGGCUUAGCUUUGGAUGGUCAAUUAAAACAUGAAGAUACAAAUUUAGCAUCGAGUACACUUAUUACAAAUCCAGCUCAACGUGAAAGUUUGGGUAUUAUUGUGCAUUAUAAAGUUAAAGUGAAAUUAUUAAUAAGUGGACCAUUGCUGGGCGGGGAUUUAGUCGCCGAAUUACCAUUUACAUUAAUGCAUCCUAAGCCCGAAGAUGAUGAGAAUGCUUUAUUGGGUGAUAAAUCACCGCGUCAAAGUUUACGAGACGCUCAAUUGGUAGUAGCGGGACAUGAUGGUAAUGCAGCGAGUUGCUCUUCAAUGCAAGAAGUUCCAACCACUAAUCUUAUACAGUUGGAUGACGAUGAUGCCCAAGAUGAUGAUAUCAUAUUUGAAGAUUUCGCUCGUUUAAGAUUAAAAGGCGCGGAAACCGAAGCCUAAACACGAGGCCAAUUAAUGUAUAUGUCAUACGAUCGCCAAUCAGCCAGAGUCAGCCAAUCAGUCAGCCAGCCAACCAGCUAGCCAGCCAUAUAUGUUAAAGCAUAAUCGCACUAAUCCCACACUC